AUGCCGGAUUUCUCAUCUUCUCCGCAUACGGCUCGAUACCCCGGCGCUGUCGAAAGCAUCCACGUCAGUCACGCUGGUCGACCUCAUCGCUCCCAUGCGUAUCACACCUACCACUUCAACCGUCGUCCCAUGACUUUCCACGAUAUGCCACCAGGCAUGGGAUCAGGAAUGACAUCCGGAAUGUCGUCUCCGAUCUCCGCCUACAUGCAAAACCAAUAUUCAUCAUCUCCAUAUGGUCAAUCUUCCGAUUAUUCCCUGUCGGCAUCGGAGUACGAUCCCCCAUCGGACUAUCCACGAGAAGAGUCCCAAUCCCGGGAGCCAUCGCGGCAUCGGUCCGCAUGGAUCUAUGGGGCUCCACCGCCCCCACCGAUGUACUCAGGAGCAUACUCGCCAUGGUAUGAUGAAGACCCGCCUUUGGAGCGUUAUUCCUCGCGAGAGGUCCGUGGUCGUCCUUCUAAAAGCCACCAGGAACAGGAUGAGGACUACUGCCGCAUGCCUCCACCCCCACCGCCACCCCCAAUGGCGAAACCAAAGCCCAGUUUAAUCCGACGCGUCCAACAGGGGAAAUGA